AUGAGCAUUACUGGAAAAGACGGUGAACAAGCCGAAAUGAGUAAUCAUGAGUCAAAUUCGUAUGCUGAUAUGAUAACCGAUAGUACGAAUGCCUCUUCAAAACCUCCGCCUUCAGCAUUAGGACCCAAUGUUGAAAUAGUUCGACAGCAACGUUUCGAAGUCGGCCCACGUUAUACUGAUCUAAAAUUUAUCGGCGAAGGUGCUUAUGGUAUGGUUGUAUCAGCAUUUGAUCAUACAACUCAACAACGUGUCGCAAUUAAAAAGAUAACUCCAUUCGAACAUCAAUGUUUCUGUCAGCGAACAUUACGUGAAAUAAAAAUUUUAUCUCGGUUUCGUCAUGAAAAUAUAAUUAACAUACAAGAAGUUAUGCGUGCACAAACUAUCGAUCAAAUGAAAGACAUUUAUAUAGUGCAAUGUCUUAUGGAAUGUGAUUUAUAUAAACUAUUGCGUCAUCAACGUUUAACCGAUGAACACAUUUGCUAUUUUCUAUAUCAAAUUUUGCGAGGAUUGAAAUACAUUCAUUCAGCAAAUGUUUUACAUCGCGACCUUAAACCAAGCAAUUUAUUGUUAAAUACAAAUUGUGACUUAAAAAUAUGUGAUUUUGGUCUUGCAAGAAUAGCAGAUCCAACUAGAGAUCAUUCUGGUCUCUUGACAGAAUAUGUUGCUACACGAUGGUAUCGAGCUCCUGAGAUCAUGCUCAAUGCACGUGGCUAUUAUAAGCCAAUUGACAUAUGGUCUGUUGGUUGUAUUCUUGCUGAAAUGAUCGGUGGAAAACCCUUAUUUCCUGGUAAACAUUAUAUUGAGCAAAUAAAUUUAAUCUUAAAUGUCGUCGGUUCGCCAGAUGAAGCUGAUUUAGUAUCAAUCGUUAAUGAACGUGCUCGAAAUUAUGUGAGUUUAUUACCUAUUCGUAAGAGAACACCGUGGAAACAAUUGUAUCCAAAUGCAUCGGAUUUAUCACUGAACAUGCUUGAUUAUCUUUUAACUUUUAAUCCUAAUCGUCGCGUUUCAGUUGAAGACGCACUUAAACAUCCAUAUCUGGCUCAAUAUUAUGAUCCAUUGGAUGAACCUGUUGCUCCACAUCUAUUUACAUUUGAUAUGGAACUCGAUGAUUUACCAUUACAACAACUAAAACAACUUAUUUUUGAAGAAACCGAAAUCAUUCAUGAACUAUUACAACAACAACAACGAGAAUAA